CUCGCAAGUGGAUACAGAUGGAGUGACAGAUCGCUUAUUACAAUUAGAGAACAAAAACAAGUAGAUAAUUCAUGUUGUCAUGUACCUCUUUUAGGUUAUUUUGCAAAAUGAAAACCUGGUCAUAGGUUUUUCGGAUGAUUCUUAAACUGUUUUUCCUUCAGUGCAUUAGUACCAGCAGCCAUCAGAUGCGUUUCCAGCAGUUUCUUCUUAUUUCGUGUCGUUCCUGAAAUGGAAUCAGAAGGAACUUUCAAAAGAAUGAAAAAAUAUCCCAUCGUGAAGAACCGUGGUGUAUUGCCCACUAUCGAAAUGGCAAAUAAGGUGGAGGAAAAAAGAUGUAACGGUACGGCACAAUCGUGGCAUUCAGAAGGAGAUUCCUUAAACAACAAGAGGAAAAGUCUGAAAUAUUGUCAUACGAAGUACAAAAAGUUCGAAAAAGGAUAUACAAGCUCAUCGCACAAUAUCAAGAACCGAAAGUGGCCUUGGUGUAGCCACAUACAGCUCCUGAACGAUUCCUUGACAAGACUCAAAAACAGGUCUUGCGUUUCUUGUCACGGCCAGACCGCCGGACCUUGUGAUCCUCCAACGCACGAUGGUGUAAAACAGCCGCUUCCCUUGGAGACUUCGAAACAUCUGAAAAGACGGAGGUUUUCCGAAGAAGAGAUCUAUAAUGCGGACUCGAUAACCAACUAUUUCGAUACGAAGAAAGGUCCGGACGACAUUGACCACCUCUUCAUGAGCUACGCUGCCACGUUUCGGCGCAUCUCUCCGAGGCUACAGGCCAAGCUUAAGAUAGAUUUGGCCAAUCUGUUCGCUAGUGCAGAAUUGGAAGACAUGAAUUCCUAAUUUUCAACAGCGUGACGUCUUCGUAGCGCCAGUGUGAUCGGAAAAAAACUAUAUAAAAUCAAAACGUUGUAAAAAUAUUAAAUAAUUUCCAAAAAAUCGUUGGAAUAAUUAUUAUUGAAUACUUUCCGC